CGAGAGAUGCGACGCGAGUGAUUUCCAGUACGUGAUUAGGCGUAACCCAGUUUUCGUGAAACAAGUACGACUGGACGAUGAUGCCCACAGUUAUUCAGAGCAAAAGAUUGGAGAAGGAUUCGUGCCGCAUCGGCUUACUGAGCGACGUGUCGACAGAGCAGGGCUCGGCCGUCCAUAGCAGCAGCGAGUAUCAAAACCACCGCCACCGUCGAUUCCUUGUCAUAUUCGUUACAACCAUGGGUUUGGCAGGAGUCGCUGUCGCCAUUGUAUUGGCGACCGUCUACGGAAGUGCUUUCACCGAUGCAAAACCUUCGGCAAGACAGCAGGAAGGUUUUACUUUGGAAGAAGUACUCAGCGGAAAGUUUUACGCCGAAUCGUUCAACGGAACAUGGAUUUCAGACAGCGAAUUCGGCUACCGAACGGCGCAAUAUGGAAUCAACGUUUACGACGUCAAAACUUCCACGGCAACUGUGAUGGUGAAACCCGAAAUUGUGGCGCAAUUGGGGGCAAUUACGUACAAGUUUUCACACGAUCGAAAAUAUGUCCUCUACAGUUUCGACAUAAAAUCGUCUUACCGGUAUUCCAGCUUGGCUCGCUAUUCCAUCAUCGACUUGGAAAAGGAAAUCGUGUAUCCACUGAGACCUGUUCCGAACGAGCCCCAGCCGCAAAUGCGUUACGCCACCUGGAACAAAAAAGAAAACAACAUAAUUUACGUUUACAACAACGAUAUCUAUUUCCGGCAGAUGCCCGACUCGACAAUAGCUGAUGUUCGUCUCACCAACGAUGGUGAACACGAGGCCAUCUUCAAUGGCGUCCCUGAUUGGGUUUAUGAAGAGGAAGUAUUGAGCCAAGAUAACGCUAUCUGGAUUGCCAACAGUGGCGCUCGCAUGGUUUUUGCCUCUUUUGAUGAUCGCCAAGUUGACCAUAUGGAGUUUUCCGUUUAUGGUGAGCCCGGAUCAGUGCAAGACCAGUAUCCGGUUACCAAUGCCAUCCGCUAUCCUAAGCCCGGCCGACCCAAUCCAAAAGUGGCCAUUUGGAGCAUCGAUCUGCAGAAGGAUGAAUCCGCCCAAACUGGAUCGCAUUUCAGCAAAGGUCUCAUUCCGAUUCCCGAAGAGUUCAGGCAAAAGGAUCACUAUUUUACGACUGUAGCUUGGGCCACAGACGAUGAGGUCAUGAUUGCCUGGCUCAAUCGUCACCAGAACGUCUCCCUGCUCUCGUUUUGCAACAUUACCGGUGGAAUCUGCCAAACAGAAUACGAAAUUAGCGAACCCAAAGGAUGGGUCGAUCAAUAUUCACCUCCCAAGUUCUCCGCCAACGGACGCAAUUUCCUCAUCAUCCUACCAGUUGAUCAGUUGAAUGAUGUGGGCAAUUUCAAACAUUUGGUCCUCUAUGACCGUGACACCAAACAAUCACGCGCACUUUCCAGCGGGCGCUGGGAGGUUACCGAAAUCCUUGGCUGGGAUGAACCCAACCACCUAGCGUACUUUAUUGGAACGGCAGUUGAUAAGCCAGCAGUUCGUCACAUGUACAAAGUGAGCACUGGAGCUGUGGGUGACGUAGUAUGCGUCACUUGUGGCACCCUGAAUGCCGAUUCGAAGGAAUGUACAUACAACACCAUCGAGUUUAGUACCGACAUGGGAUAUUACGUUCACGGUUGCGAUGGCCCAAAUGCCCCUAGGUCUGUCAUCAAAGAGGCAGCUACGGAUAGAGAGGUUUUCCUGGUCACCAAUAACGAUGUUCUCCGUGACAGACUUGCACAAAAGUCUAUGCCAAGACCGUUGACCAUGCAGGUGCCGCUGGACGGUAACUACUUCGCCCAAGUGAAACUGUUGUUGCCUCCGUCACUCAAUAGAAACAGGGCUUCUCAGUAUCCUAUGCUUGUCUAUGUGUACGGUGGCCCGAGUUCGCAACAAGUCUCUGAUCGCUAUCGAGUUGAUUGGGGCUAUCAUCUCUCAACCUCGAGAGGUGUAAUUUACGCUUUGAUUGACGGAAGAGGAUCCGGCUUCCAGGGAGACAAGAUGCUGCACGAAAUUUACCGCAAAAUGGGCACUGUUGAAAUUCAAGAUCAAAUUAAAGUUGCAAAAUUCUUGAAGGAAAAUUUACCUUUUGUCGAUGGAAACAAAACUGCCAUUUGGGGGUGGAGUUAUGGUGGUUACGCCACAGCUUCAGCACUAGCUCAAGACACAGAGGGUGUAUUCAAGUGUGGAAUGUCAGUAGCACCAGUCACCAAUUGGAUCUAUUAUGAUUCUAUCUAUACUGAAAGAUACAUGGGUCUUCCUACUGCGGAAGACAAUUUAAAGGCUUACGAAGAUGGUGAUGUUUGCAAAUAUCCUGAGAACUUUAGAGGAAAACAGUUUUACUUGAUUCAUGGAACAGCAGAUGAUAACGUCCACUAUCAACAAUCACUUCAGUUGGCCAAGUCUUUAGAGGGAGCUGAUGUCUUGUUCCGGCAACAGAGUUACACAGAUGAAAACCACAGCAUUAACACAUUUAAGAAACAUCUUUAUCAUUCCUUGGGAACAUUCCUGAUGACUGAUUGCUUUGAUAUUGAAAAUGAAGUGUGGGGUUGAUUUGUUUUCAUUUUUUUCAUUUUUUAAUUCCGAGCAAUAAUGUCGUUUAUCAUCGGGUAAACUGCUCUAAUUUUGUUUGUACAAUCAAAGCAUAAUACACAAACCUGGAGAUUCCACACGAUAAA